AUGCAUUUGUCUAAAAAGAAACUUCAAAAUCAAUUAAUUAGUAAUGAAUCUCCUUAUGAUAUUAUAUGUAGAAUUUCAGAAAAAAUGAAAUUUUUAGAUCUUGCCAAACGCUCAUUUAAUAAUCCAUUACUCUCAUUUAUAUUGGACUUGAAUUAA